GUACUUUAAAAGCACCUUCGCUGUCAAUGCUUAUUCAAACGCAAAAAUUUGAAAGGAAAAAAAAAAGAGCUAAGCAGAUUUCUCGCCGGAAUAUUCCUUUUUUAUUUUCAGGUGAGUGAAACAAAAGAAGGGUUAAAUUCUAAUACAAACCAUCGUUUGUGUUUGUCUGUUGUCAUGCACCUCAUUCGUGAGAAUCUAUUUAUUGGAAACAUAGGGGAUGCUGCACAAGUUCUUCAAAAUGGUAGCUCGGAGAUCACGCACAUCCUAUCAGUUUUGAGCUCUGCGUCAAUAUCGUUUUUCUCUGAAUGGCGUAGUGGUAUCACAAUCCCAACCGAGGAAAUCAAAAAGGUUUUUGUAGGUGGGUCUGGUGAUGCUGCUGCAGCUCCUGAGGGUCAUUCGGGUGAUGGUUCUAAGAGUUGUUUGUCUCCCCAGAAGCUGUUGUACUUGUUGGAAUAUGCUGGGAAGGAUUUAAAGCUGGUGAGAAUGGCGGUGCCGAUUAGAGAUAUGGAGAGCGAGAAUUUGUUGGAUUACCUAGAUGCGUGUAUUGAUUUCAUUGAUCGAAGCAGAAAAGAGGGAUCUGUUUUGGUGCAUUGCUUUGCUGGAGUGUCAAGAAGUGCGGCUAUAAUUAUGGCAUAUUUGAUGAGAGCCGAGCAACUAUCUCAAGAAGAUGCGCUUGAAUCUCUAAAGCAAAGCUGUGAGUUUGUUUGCCCUAAUGAUGGGUUUUUAGAGCAGUUGAAAAUGUUUGAGGAAAUGGAUUACAAGGUCGAUCAUGCUAGCACAAUAUACAAGCGGUUUCGCUUGAAAGUGUUGGGUGAUUGUUAUAAUCGUGGUGAGAAAAUCGACAGUUCUAAAUUAGGUGCAGAUCCCGGCUUGCCUACUGAAAGUUCCUCGGUUAUAGAGGCAACUCCAAAAGAAGGUAUCAACCGUACUGCAUACCGCUGCAAGAAAUGCCGAAGACUUGUAGCAUUGCAGGAUAACGUUGUCGAUCAUACUCCAGGUGAAGGUGAGUCAUCUUUUGAGUGGCACAAACGGAGAAGCGGUAACCCUUUCAACAAGUCUUCUCAAACCGAGUGUUCAUCGGUGUUUGUCGAACCCUUACGGUGGAUGACAGCUGUUGAAGAAGGCGCUAUCGAAGGGAAGUUGUCGUGCGCUCAUUGUGAUGCUCGCUUAGGUUAUUUCAAUUGGUCAGGAAUCCAAUGCAGUUGCGGAAGCUGGAUUACCCCUGCCUUUCAGCUGCACAAGUGCCGAGUCGAUAUCAGCACCGUGUAGUAUCAUUAUCCGCCAUAGCUCUAAACCGAAUCACUCGCCGGCUCCCGGCCAGUGUUUCUAAUAAGAACUAUAUAGGACUGGAAUUUCCCUUGCACAAAAAGUCUAUGAGAUGUUCAUAUAUGGACCAACAAUUAUGUAAGAGAAAAAAAAAAAAAAACAAUGAGUUGUUCAAAGCUUUAAAGUUUUGAGGGACUGUCUGAAUAAUUUGAGAGAUUGUAUGAUAUGUGCAGUCUUUGCAUUGUGGUGCACAGUUGAAUUAUUAUUUUAUAAUGGUUUAGACAUCA